CGAGUGAAGGGGUGAAAAGGUGAAAAAUAGUGAAAGUGUGGCAUUGUUUGCUGGCGCCUUAUUGAUUGCCCAAGUGCUAUCUUCUCAAUUUGAAAUGAUAUCGAGGUGCCACCUGAGGAGUCUCCGCCGACAGCUCGCGUCGCUCGUGUCAGCGCGGACGGAAGUUGCCAUCGGACGCGGCAGAUCCGCCAGUUGGCUCACGAUGGGCUCCAUCAAUUGCAAAAACUUCUCCUCCACGAAAACAGCUGACGAAGAUAUUGAUUCUCCAGCGGAGCCUAAAUCCAAUCCCGCGAGUGUGUCAUCCAGCAUGGAUCGCGAUUUGGGUGUGGAUUACGUGGAGGGCGUUGUGUGCUCCGAGGAGGACAUCAAGGAGAAUGAGAUGAAGCAGUUUGACCUCACGGACGCUGGAAAAGUCCUCCUCGUGCGUCAGAACGGAAAGCUGUCAGCCUUGGGCACAAAGUGCACUCACUACGGUGCUCCUCUGGCCAGCGGAGCGCUCAGCAAUGGGCGCUUGCGAUGCCAGUGGCAUGGAGCGUGCUUCAAUCUCACCACCGGAGACAUUGAGGACUUCCCCGGCCUAGAUUCUCUGCCCUGCUAUCAAGUCUCUGUGGAGGCGGGACAGGUAAAAGUGCGCGCCAAGCGCACCGAACUGGAGACUAACAAGAGAGUGAAGGAGAUGGCAAAGAGGGAUCCCAACAAUGUCAAGACCUUCGUCAUUGUCGGUGCUGGUCCAUCGGGAGUCACGUGCGCGCAGACACUGCGCGAGGAGGGCUUCACGGGCAGGAUUGUGGUGAUCAGCAAGGAAACAGUCUUGCCGUACGAUCGCAUUAAAGUCAACAAGGCAAUGGAUUCAGAGCUUGAGAAGAUCCUACUGAGGAAGCAGGAGUUCUACGAUGACAACGACAUCGAAGUGAUGCUUGAUGUUGAGGCCACAAAGCUGGACACCAAGGAUCAGGCUGUCUCCUGCAGCAACGGUUACAUCAUCAAGUACGACAAAAUCUACGUCGCCACCGGCUCCAAGGCCAGGAAGCACAACUGUCCGGGAGCAGAUCUGCCCAAUGUCGUCACAAUUCGUGAUUAUGUAGACGCGCAGUACAUCGUUGGCAACAUUUCCAAGCAGAGCCACAUAGUCGUGCUGGGCGUGAGUUUCAUCGGCCUCGAGGCGGCUGCCUGGUGCGCCGGGAAGGUGGCCAGGGUGACUGUGGUGGGCAGAGGAUCUGUGCCGCUGGAGCCAGUGUUUGGCCGUGAGGUUGGCGCACGAAUAAUGCAGAUGUUCAGGGAAAAAGGUGUGCAAUUUGCCAUGAACAGUGGCAUUGAGAGAUGCCUGGAGGAGAAUGGAAAGCUCUGCUCAGUUCAACUCACCGAUGGCCAGAUAAUCCGGGCUGAUCUGUGCAUCAUGGGCGUGGGGUCGACGCUCUACACGGACUUCAUGAAGGGCUCAGGCGUGGAACUCAAUCCUGAUGGAUCUGUGGACACGGAUCUCUUCCUGGAGGCGAAUGUCCAAAAUGUCUAUGUCGGCGGCGACAUCGCCAAUGCCCCAGUGUACUCAAUCGGCCUGGAUCGCGCCACAAUUGGCCACUUUGGCCUGGCUCAGUAUCACGGCAGGAUUGCCGCGCUGAACAUGUCCGGGAAGAGGACUCAGCUCAAGGCUGUUCCCUACUUCUGGACCGUUCUCUUCGGCAAAUCCUUCCGCUACGCCGGACACGGCAGAGCUCAUGAAAUUCGCAUCAUCGGCAGCCUGCCUGACCUCAAAUUCAUCGCUUAUCACUUCGACGAGUCCGGCAAAGUGAUUGGCGUGUGCUCGUGCCAGCGAGAUCCCGUGGUGUCUCAGUUCGCGGAACUCCAAGCGCAGGGUAAGACGUUGCGAAAGGAGGACCUGGAGGAGGAUCCGCUCGCUUGGACAGCCACCGUCACGUGUCAGAAGAAGUAAUCACUCAUUCCUUUGUAAAUACAUUCACGUGGAAUUUAAGAGCAUCUACCAGGAAUUGUUAAUAAAUUAUUGCCAGUUUGUUCGUGA